AUGCAGUCCUUCGUAGCUGUUGUUUUCCUAGUAUUUGGAGUUCUGCUCCACCAGUCCCAGGGUGCUGCCUACACCGACGAAGAGCACCUCAACUUCCGCCAGAAAUGUUCGAAAAUCCUUCAAAUCUCCCCCGAUACGAGACAGGAAGUAACUAAAAAGAACUUCUUGAACGACAAUCAGGAGAUGAACUGCAUGAUUCGGUGCGUCGGUAUCCUGUCUGGAUUCUACGAUGACGAAACCGGUACCAACUGGGAUCAGGUAGCCAGCGAGUUGGAAAACAAGCCUGAGAGCUACGAUGAGCAUCGACAGGCUACGGCUGCUUGCAUCGAAGCUAUACCAAAGGAAGAAUAUGCAUCAGACGUUUGUAAGAAAGCAUCCGUGAACUUCCGCUGUCAUAGCAAAUCUAUCAGAGCAAUUAGAGCUAGAGCUCUGGCCAACCAAGAAUAA